AUAUAAAUGCCCUUAGCCACUCUGAUCGACUUCAAGGAUUCACUUAUUAUCUAGUAACUUGUUCUUCAACGUUUCCCUUCCAUUUCUCUCUGUUUUCAAAUCCAGGCUUCAGCAGCCAAUUCUAGUAUUGGAAGCCAAAGGUUAUCGGAUUCACUUACAGGUGCAAGAAAUGGCUCCAAGGAAGGGACAAUUAGGCUCAAUUAACGCCCCAUCAUUUGAGACAAAGAAAGAUGAAGCAUCCAAUGAUUCGGAAGUUGAGGAUUUGGAGCGGGGGCUAGACCAAGGGUUUAUCUACGAGGUCCCUAGGAACAUUCGUCAAGCAAAUCCAAAAGCUUACACUCCUCUAUUGAUUUCAAUUGGCCCUCUUCAUUAUAGGAAAACAAGUUUGGCUAGCAUGGCCAAGUAUAAAGUGGAUUAUCAAGAUAAAUUUCUUCAAAGGACUUCCGUUUCCAAGGAGGCAUUGGAAAGUUUUUGGAGCUUCAUUGAACGCAACGAGAAAAUUAUUCUUUACUGUUACGAGGCUUUAAUCGAUGAAGAUGAGUUCGUAAAGAUGAUAUUUUAUGAUGCCUUGUUUAUCGUGGAGCUCUUCUUGAGGAACUAUGAGAAGGAAGUGGAAAAAAACUCGGACAUCAAAGACUUCUUGUUGAAAGAAACAUGGUCCGCUGGUCUACGGAGGGAUUUGAUCUUACUUGAAAACCAGAUCCCAAUGUUCGUGCUUGAAGAACUGUAUAAACCAUAUGAAAACCACAAACUAGCAUCAGAUGCCUCUGUUCCUUCUUUCCUUAAACUAGCUUGCUCCUACUUUGACAUUCCAUGGGACCCGCAGUUCGAACAUAUACAAAUCCCACACUUCACCGCUUUGCAAAGAUGCCAUAUGACCAAAACACAAAAUCCAUCAUCCAAGACCAAGAUCCCAACGUUGAAAAAAGUGUAUGAUGCCACAAGUUUGCAUGAAGUUGGUGUUGAGCUUAUAGCUGAACCUAAUCAAACUGCAUGUUUGCUUGAUGUUAAAUUUGACGGUAAAAAGCUUAAAAUUCCCAAAUUUACCGUGCACUCCAACACUGAAGCUUACCUUCGGAACGUCAUGGCGUUCGAGAUGUGCCAUUGUCCAGAUGAAGCCUACGUUUGUGCUUACAUAGAGCUAAUGAAUUAUCUCAUUCGAACAGCCCAAGAUGUAGAACAGUUAAUAGAAAAAGGGAUUUUAAGCAAGGAAGGCAAAAACGAAGGAAAACUGGUUACCAUAAUAAACACGAAUAUAGCGGUGCAACGUAUGAUUAAGAAACUUAUGCAGGGAAUUGGGGAGCCACCUGCUUGCUACCGGGAAACCGCGAACCGAUUGAACCAGCUUUAUAAAGAGGGUCGCAAGCGCAAAGUGACAUUAUUCAUCAAGGAAAAUUAUGGAAUUCUGAAGCGUGUUUAUUUCCCCAAUCUUUGGAGAGGAACAGGGACUGUUGCUGCUUUUAUGGUGGUCGUCCUCACCUGCAUACAAACCGUGUUGGCUUUCGUGAAUUAAUGUUUAGUAUUAUCGUGCUGGUGUGUUUUCAAUAAAAUACGAACGCCUAUGCAUUUGUAUGUAAUGAAAGUAGUGAUUGAAGUUUUCAUGGUUUUGCUUUUAGUUUGGCAUUUGGCUACGGUCAAAUAUUUUAGUGUAUAUUAGGUUUAAUUAUCAUGCCAAAGUUAACAUUAUAUGUCCUAUCACCUAAUUUUUCUGGGUAUGUAAUCUUCAGUACCUGCUUGCCCAAA